AUGAAGACCGUCGGAGUCACUGCUUUGAUGGCCAGCGCCGCCAUGGCCUGGCCAAUGAACAUGGAGAUGUUGACUGGACCUCUUCAAGAAGGCGUCCGCGCCAAAUGGCUCGAGGCCAGAGAGAUGCUCGAAGCUGGUAUCGCCGAAAGACAAGCUGUUGCCUCUCCACAGGGUGCCGGCGCCCUUCCACUCGUUCCGCCACCAUUCGAUGCCAAGGCACAGUAUGUCAGCAACACUGGCGCCCACGCAUUCCAAGCUCCAGGCCCAACCGACGAGCGUGGAGAAUGCCCAGGUCUCAACGCCAUGGCCAAUCAUGGGUACCUACCAAGGAACGGUCGAGCCACCAUACAGCAGUUUAUUGAUGGCACGAAUACUGUGUUUGGUAUGGCAAAGGAUCUUGGUGGCUUCCUCGCCCUCUACGGCGCUAUUGUCGAUGGUGACGGUUCCUCUUGGUCUAUCGGUGGUCUGCCGCACACUGGUAUUCUCGGCUCGCACAACAACUACGAGACCGACUCUUCGCCAAUCAAGUCCGACUUAAACCAGUACGGCUCUAACACCAAGUUUGUUAUGUCGCAAUUCAACAACCUCUACAACCGCCAGCCAAACGCUGCGACCGCCAACUACAACCUUGACGUGCUCCGUCAAUUCCGAAAGGACCGAUUUACAGAGUCCAUCAACAAGAAUCCAUACUACGCCUACCUCCCGUUCGGCGGUAUCGAAGUAUCUCAGGCCGCUUUCACCUUCAUCUACCGCUUCAUGUCCAACAAGUCCGCCGAGAACCCAGAAGGCAUCCUGAACAAAAACGUCCUCAAGAGCUUCAUGUCCGUCACCGGUCCCGAGAACAACCUCAAGCACACCCCCGGCUACGAGCGCAUCCCAGACAACUGGUACAAACGCAACCCUUCCGACGAAUACUCCAUCCCCUACUUCGAAGCCGACAUCCUCUACCUCGCCCAAGCCGACCCCCGCAUCCUCACCAUCGGCUGCAACAAGGGCAAAGUCAACACUUACUCCCCCAUCGAUCCCAGCCAGCUCACCAGCGGCGCCUACACCGCCCAACAAGUCGCCGCCAACCCUCUCUGCUUCGCUUCGGCUUUCGCGAAGGCGGAGAUUCCACUCAUCACUGGAUUGCAGCUGAGUAAUCCGCUUGUUGCGCCGCUCGUUACGUCGCUGGAUGGGAUCACUUCGAGUCUGAAUUGUGCGGCUAUUGGGAUUGUUAAUCAGAAUGCGUUGACGGCUUGUCCGGGGUUCUCGACUUAUGGGGGGCCGACGGGGCCGGUUGCGCCGGGGGCUGUUCAGUCGUGA